AUGUCGCGCCCGAGCGGUUCGCAAACCUGCAGCGCAGCGACUACGGGAUUCUUGCGUCGGAAGAUGGUGGGGCGAGAUCUCCCGUUGCGCACCACAUUGUGGAGGCGUAUCAGUGCUGUAGUGAGCGAGCUCGAAGUCGGAGCCCGCCGCGCAUGGAGAUGGCCUGUGUAGAAGCUCCACGCAGUCCAAGUCGGAGCCCGCCGCGCAUGGAAAUACCCUGUGAUGCUCCACGCAGUCCAAGUCGGAGCCCGCCGCGCAUGGAAAUACCCUGUGAUGCUCCACGCAGUCCAAGUCGGAGCCCGCCGCGCAUGGAGAUGGCCUGUGUAGCUCCACGCAGUCCAAGUCGGAGCCCGCCGCGUAUGUUGGCCUGUGUAGAAGCUCCACGCAGUCCAAGUCGGAGCCCGCCGCGCAUGGAGAUGGCCUGUGAUGCUCCAUGCAGUCCAAGUCCUCCGCCCUGUAGUGUUAGAAUUUCACCGACCUCCGCCGAGUGCGGUCUCACUACCGCCGAGCGCAGUCUCUUACUAGAAUUUGAAUUGCAACGACCGCCGAUUGUCUCCUACUCAGCCUCGGUACAAGAACUACCGGAAGCUGCGCCCCCGGAGAUGAUGAUGGUGAUGCCAGAAUCGUUGCCGGUUGCAGCAGCCCCUAGUACGAGCUGCAUGAUGGGCCGUUUAGAAGAAUUGGCUGUGGCUCGCCCGGACGAUGAACACGAAGACGAACAAACAUGCGGAUUGUAUCGUGAAGAUCAAGAUUGCGAUCCUCCAUCUCCUCCAGUGAUGCGGAGGAGCCUCAGUCCCCAGCGAUUUCAUGAUCCUCGGCGGACUAGUCCGCCGAGGAUCAUGGAAGCUACAUGCAUUUCACCGCCCUUUCGGCAGCAGCAUGUGGCGGCACAGGCACAGCAACUGCAACAGUCCUCCACGUUCUCAGCAAAUUCUUGUACCGCCGCUGCCUGCCCCCGCUCGCCCAGCCCACCCCCCGCGGACGCUCCGCCAGCUCGUCCCAUUUACAUUUGGGGGGGCUGGUCGGCAGAAGGAGGGCAUGCACCACCCCAACGGAGCCGCAGCCCAAUCCUUGAGCGACGAGCCGUGCUUCCUCCCGCUUCAUCCUUGCGGCCCAACGUGCUGACUUUCUACCUGGGGAGACGGUGUGGGAAAGGAGACGUUUUGUUGCAAGACAUCGCGGCGGCGGCAGCGGGAAUCUCGCUGGUAGGGUACGAGGUCGCGAAGCGCGACAGCUCGCCCUACCGGUCUUAUUACUCAGACGCCGACGCCACGCGGUUGGAACAGCAAAUGCAGCACGUGUUCUGCGAGCAGGACCUGGCUGCCAUGAUCAAGCGGCAGAAAGAACAGCAGCAGGAGCAGAUGAACCCUCGUCCUGGCAGCAGUACGACUUCUACUUCCUCUUCGGCCGGCCUGCUUGCGGGAGCGGGGGCUGGCGCCACACUCAGUGAACUGCUAGACGCCGAAAAUUAUGAGCAAGUUUGGGUGAUCUUCCCUGCCGGUCCGAACGCCGAAUCCGCCGGCGUGUCUGGCUGGAUGAGCUGGGGUCGUGACUUGCUGCAGAGCCGUGGGGGCCUGACAGACGACGGGCUUACCACGCUCGCGAGGGAGAUUAAAAGUCGCUGGCUCCAGGGUCGGUUCUCGCUCUACGUGGGCCUGAACGACGACCCUGUAGGAGUGGGCGCUUUGCAACAGAUGAGUCUAGUGAAUGCAACAAGUGCAGCAGCUUUGUCCGGCGGAAACGGAACGAAUGCGACCAGCGCCGAAUCUUCAUCUUCGGCAGGAUCUGGUGCACGACGACCAGCGCCGACGCCGACGCGAAACCACGCCAACGCCUUCGUCCGUCAAAUCUUGCAGGGCGAGCGAGGAGUGGAUUUGUUCGGGACUGACGGCUUUCUGAACCAGCACGCGCUGCUCGACAGCACGUUUGUCGGGCGCUGCAGCGCGGAACCCAAUCUCGUCGCACCAUUUGGACGACCACGACCAAAUCCGCCCACCCCGGGCGGCCGCGCUGUGUCGGAUCUGCGCGGCGCGCAAUUGUCGCGUGAGGAUGACAAAGACACACUCAAGUACGAGUUUCCAACCGAAAUUUGCGCCAAAAACUACAAGCAAGGAUGCGGCGCAGGCGCCGGCCCGCGGGACCGCAGGGUGCGGAUUCUGGCCGUUGACUCCGACGAUCGCCGCAUGGUGCUCAAGGCGGGGCUGAAAACCGAGGAUGUCGGGGAACGGGCGCUUUUCUAUCCGGCGAUGAAAAAAUGGAUGGAAGGGCCGGAGUGAUUCUAUUUCAUUCUUAAAAUUACUAUAGGGGACGAGGGUAUAGUAUUUUAGUAUUUCAUUCCUUCCUAAACCUAAAAAUCAUGCUAGUAAUGCUGACUUUCAGAAGUGGAAGAAGGCCAAGCUUUGUACAUGAUAUAAUUUUUUGUGCUGCAUCUUGGUGCAUAAUUUUCGCCUGGACAACAAGGUCAAGGACAAGGCUCCGAGUGGUACAACGGUUGAUAUUUUUCAUUAUGACUUUUCGACUUCAUCUUGAACUUUCAGGUUGAAGGAGUGCAAAAUCCGAAACAUUUUGUUUUUCCGAGAUGGUUGUCCUCGUCGCAGUCGGAGGUUUUUCGCGCAUCAGACGCUGAGCCACCUCCUCGUGCGGUUUUUGAUAGGAGCCAGAAAAUAAUAAUAAACUUUAUCUGGUCGUCGAUGAGAUGACACGCUGGUCAUCAGAAUCUCGCACGACCAAAACAACACUCUAUCUAACUCGAGGAAGUACCACGCACAUCUUUUGACGCAGUUUUGGAUCAAUUAUAUUCGGAAGCACUUCCUCACUAGCGGGAAGUGCAAUUUUGGAAUAUUACGAACAGCAACGGAAAACACACCCUUAUUCACCAUCGUCAAUGUUGGGGAUGGAAUGAUGUCUAUGCGCUGCCUGUGCAGAGCCCGGAUUCAACAGAGGGAGCAGCAUGAAGCAUGCGGCUUCUUGAAGAUGGACACUCUGUUCCUCGUCCCACUGCAUAUCGAAG